AUGGUGAUUACGGUCCAAUAUUUAGACGAGUCCUUAACAAAAAUUGGACAAUUGAGAUCUGGAUUGUCAUCACGCUUUACAGAAAUGGAUAUCGAUUAUCCUGAAUACAGAACAGUAAUUGCUACACAAAUCACCAUUAUAAAUCUGGAUGAUUUUUACAAGAAAUUUAUGUAUGCUUGUAGAUAUAAUGGAAUUUCAGAAACAAAGUGGCUUCAAAUUUUUACAGACCUAGUUGAGAAUAGUGAUAUAAUGAAAUGUUACAUAGAAUUAGACUUGUUCAGUUAG